GAUCAGAUAGGAAUUAAGCUGGAGAGAGAGCUAAGAGAGGGAGAACAGGUCCCCUCAGUCUCCUGCUGGUGUCCAUCGUUGUGUGCUCGUCUGUGGGGAGCGACCUCACUUCACCGAUUCCUCCCUUCCUCUGUCCCUCUCUGGCUCUGAUCUGAUCCCCUCGCUCCUCGAGCCUCCGACUCCGGGCUCAGCGCUUCCCUCGAUCCGCUGGACUCGCUCCCCACGUCCGUUUCUCUUCGCGAGGAAACCGGAAGGAUUCCUCCACUCGAGGACCGCGGGGGUUUUGAAAGGGAGGAAGAGGACGGGCGAGACAUGGGCAGCGGAGGAAGUGCCGAGGACAAGAAGUCCAAGGAGCUGGAGAAACAGCUGCAGGAGGACGCGGCCAAGGACUCCAAAACGGUCAAACUGCUGCUGCUGGGUGCUGGCGAGUCGGGGAAGAGCACCAUUGUAAAGCAGAUGAAAAUUCUUCAUCAGGGAGGUUAUACGAAAGAAGAGCAACUGGGGUUCAAGUCGAUUAUUUACGGCAACAUCCUGCAGUCUGCGCUGGCCAUCGUGAGAGGCAUGGAGAUGCUGGGCAUUGACUUUGGGUCGCCGUCCGCAGUGGAGGAUGGGCAGAAGCUGCAGAACCUGGCAGACUCCAUCGAGGAGGGCACCAUGCCCAGCGAGCUGGCAGAGGUCAUCAAGCAGCUGUGGAGUGACUCCGGGGUCCAGGCUGCCUUCGAGAGGGCCGCAGAAUACCAGCUCAACGACUCCGCCUCCUACUAUCUCAGUGAGCUGGAUCGCAUCACGAAACCGGAUUACCUGCCCACUGAACAGGACGUGCUGCGCUCUCGAGUCAAGACCACGGGAAUCAUCGAGGAGCAGUUCUCCUGCAAAGAGCUGCACUUCAGGAUGUUCGAUGUGGGUGGCCAGAGGUCCGAGCGUAAGAAGUGGAUCCACUGUUUCGAGGGCGUGACCUGCAUCAUCUUCUGCGGAGCACUGAGCGCAUAUGACAUGGUGCUGGUGGAGGACGACGAAGUCAACCGCAUGCAUGAGAGUCUGCAUCUAUUCAACAGUAUCUGCAACCACAGGUUCUUCGCCACAACCUCAAUCGUGCUCUUCCUCAACAAGAAGGACCUCUUUCAGGAGAAGAUCAAGAAGGUCCACCUCAGCAUCUGCUUCCCCGAUUAUGAUGGUCCCAACACAUAUGAAGAUGCCAGUAACUACAUCAAGAGCCAGUUUGAGGAGCUGAACAUGAAGAAGGGGGUGAAGGAGAUCUACUCCCAUUUGACCUGCGCCACAGACACAGAGAACGUCCAGAUAGUGUUCAACGCAGUCACAGAUAUCAUUAUCAAAGAAAACCUGAAGGACUGCGGUCUGUUCUAAUAAGCUUGAGCAAAAAAAGAAAUCGGCUGUGUUUUGGAACGUUGCUGUCGGUUGACACAAAGGAGGAUCCCCCCCCCCCUUCUCUGCACUAUGACAUCACUGCUUCUGAAGAAAAGCCAUCGGUCCUUAGUCACCCUUCACCCCGAAGAACAGAUGACCUCACCACGUCCUCACACACCGCCACAGGGAAGGGUUCGGCAGGCCGCACUGGGAAACGCAUCACUCACUCCGAGGUCCGCACAGCUUCUCUAAACUAUCCAGAGAAAAGUGGACAAAGAGUUAAUCUCCGUAAGUCAGUGAUGAAAAGAUUGGGCAACCUCUUGGUCUGGUUUCAGGAAAAUGGCUUGCAAUAACUACUCCCAGAGACUGCAGUGGGAAUUCCCUCUGGACAGGAAAAAACAAACUAAUGCAGAAUAACCGCUAAAUCAAAAGAACAUGUUUUAUGAUGGCACCGUGAAAUACUGUGGUAUUUUCUCUGAAUUAUAUUUUUUAUCUUCGCUAGUCUAGUAAAUUUCUCUAAUUAUACCUUAACUGUAAAACAGCUCUGCAGAUAUUACCCCAUACACGACUGCAACCUAAAGCAGUCAUUUAUUCACACUGAAAACUUUAUUUCAUUUGAUGUAAUCAGGGUGACACAAGCUAACAUUUAAAUAUAUAAACACUGCUUUUCCCAGAGGCAAAUGCUAUAGAGUAAUUUAUUUUGUAAAUAAGAGUAGACAUAUUCUCUAUAUGUUAAAGAGAGAAAAUGUAUCUUCAGAUAUUUUAAGCAUGUAAAACGCUAGACAAAUAUUUUGAUUGAUUACUGAGUCUGUAACUGCCCUGGCUUGUAAUGUGUAGUGGCUCAGAAAUAAAGAUAUGCAU